CAGGAAGUAAUCGAUCCGCUCCGGAUCUCGCCAGGUCGCCAAAAUGACUGCUAUACCCGGAACGGUGGCGUUCGACGAGUACGGCCGGCCCUUCAUCAUCAUCCGUAACCAGGAGAAGCAGCAACGCCUCACCGGUCACGAUGCAAUCAAGUCGCAUAUUAUGGCAGCGCGCAAUGUGGCCAACAUCCUUAGGACGUCUUUGGGGCCUAAGGGACUGGAUAAGUUGAUGGUUAGCUCGGACGGAGAUAUCACCGUUACUAAUGACGGUGCGACAAUCUUGAAGAAUAUGGAUGUUGACCAUGAAAUUGCCAAGCUGAUGGUCCAAUUGUCAAAUUCUCAAGAUGACGAGAUUGGCGAUGGCACUACUGGAGUAGUUGUACUGGCCGGGGCGCUUCUGGAACAAGCUGAACAGUUGCUGGACAAGGGAAUUCAUCCGAUUAGAAUCGCUGACGGUUUUGAACUAGCGGCCAGAUGUUCAACCGAGCAUCUCAAGACAAUAACGGACGAUUUCAAGGAAACCCCGGAGAAUUUGGAGUCAUACAUCGACAUAGCUAUGACCUCGUUAGGUUCGAAAAUUAUCAACAAGCAUCAUAGGCAGAUGGCGGAAAUAGCUGUGCAAGCUGUAUUGGCAGUUAUGGAUCCUGUUACUCGCGAUGUUAAUUUUGAACUAAUCAAGAUAGAAGGAAAGGUCGGUGGUAAAUUGGAGGAUACUGUCUUAGUACGCGGUGUCAUUGUCGACAAGGACUUCAGUCAUCCGCAAAUGCCGAAGAGAUUAGAAGACGUUAAACUGGCGAUCUUGACUUGUCCGUUUGAACCACCAAAACCCAAAACUAAACAUAAGUUGGAUGUCACGUCGGUCGACGAUUACAGAGCUUUGCGCGAUUAUGAACGCGAGAAGUUCACGGAGAUGGUGAAGCAGGUCAAGGAUGCCGGCACGACACUGGCUAUUUGUCAAUGGGGCUUUGACGACGAGGCCAACCAUCUUCUGCUGCAAAAUGAUUUGCCCGCAGUUAGGUGGGUCGGCGGUCCGGAGAUCGAACUCAUUGCCAUUGCGACCGGUGGACGCAUUGUACCUCGCUUCGAAGAAUUGACGCCGGAAAAACUUGGUCAUGCAGGCGUUGUCAGGGAAUUAACGUUUGGCACGACAAAAGAUCGAAUGCUAGUCAUCGAAGAAUGCAAAAACUCUCGCGCUGUGACAAUCUUUAUUCGCGGCGGCAACAAAAUGAUUGUCGAAGAAGCAAAACGGUCGAUGCAUGAUGCAUUAUGUACCGUACGCAACGUAGUAAAAGACAACAGGAUUAUUUAUGGUGGAGGCGCGGCGGAAAUAUCCUGCGCGCUGGCUUGCAUGGCGCAGGCUGAUAAAAUCAGCACUUUGGAACAAUACGCCUUCCGUGCCUUCGCCGAAGCUUUGGAGAGCAUUCCCAUGGCGCUCGCGGAAAAUUCAGGCCUUUCUUCGGUGGAUACCAUAGCGGAAAUUAAAGCGCGUCAGUUGGCCGAAAAAAAUCCCGAUCUUGGUAUCGAUUGCUUAAAUCGAGGCACAGCAAAUAUGAAGAUACAAAAUGUCAUUGAGACACUGACAAGCAAAAUCCAACAGAUAUUGUUGGCUACGCAGCUCGUCAAAAUGAUAUUAAAAAUUGACGACAUACGCUCGCCUUACAGCGAAACCUAAAGCCCAAGUUUAUUUAAUUAUGUGUGAUUAUAUUAAAUACUGUAUUGUAA